UUAUUAUUUUGGAUCUUCGAACCCUCGAUUCGCAACGCUUUGGAUUUGAGUGCUUCGAUCUUCGAUUGUCAACUUUUUCAUUUGGCUGAUUUCGGAGACUCGAAUCGAAGUUUUAAUUCGAAAUUUUCGAAGUUUCGACUCUUUUCUAAAAGUUCAAGUGAAUAACGCUUUGGAACUCGAGUCAAAGCAUUUGACGCGGUUCUCAAGUGAGUGAAGGAAAAAUAAAUCGGAAUCCGAAAGGUUUUUUAAAAGCACGUUAAAAAAUGUUGGAAACCUUGGACCCAAAGAGCAACCAAAUAAUUUUAGAAAACUCUAAAAACAUUAUACACGGUCAAGAUAUUUAGAAAUAACCUUAAAAACUAAUCGUAGACCUGAAAAAGGGUUCCGAGAAACCGAGAAAAAAAAGAAACAAUCAAAAACCGAAUAAAAUCGUAAAUUCGAAAAAAUUUGGCUCGACCACGGCUCCAGGAGUUAUUUAAAAAGAAAACAAAAUUUCCUAAAACUGAGGGAGAACAAAAAAAUCAUUCCAAGAAUCAAAGGAAAUCGUAAACUCUGAAAAACCUCCGAAAGCGCGAUCACGUUUCCAGAAAUUCCUUAAAAACGAAUUAAAGAACCCGAAAAUAGGAAAGCCGGCAAAAAUAAUAGUAAGAAUUGUAAAAAAAUUGUAAAAUUUCAAAAAUCUCAGAAGACCCAAGCACGAUUUCAAAAUUGUUGGCUGGAAAAAGUCCAAACUAGGGUUAAGAGAACUCGGGAAAAUUUUUCGAAACGUCUAAACAAGAAAAAUGUUGAUGAACCGCGACUGGAGUAGAGCAGAAACCCGGAAAAGUCAUAAACUCGCCUGGCUGUUGACAUUUUGGGUUUGGAAUAAAAUAGCUGAUGCGGGGCAUCUCGAGUUGGCAAAGUGUUGUCCACGCGACCAAGUGAUAUCGGUGAAGGGAAAUUUCGGUUGCGCUUAUUACGGAGAGCGUGGCCGGGAGCUGUAUUACUCGAAGGGUGUUUUGGAAAGUGAUGAAUUCGUGGGUUGCGACGACACGGAUGAGCACUUGAGUGUGAUUUCGAGUCUGGAUAACAACACGAUUAUUGAAACGUGGCCGACCUGCGUUGACAUUUUGUGGGACGAAAAAGUCUCCCGUGUCAUUCCGAUUGUUUUCGGCUGCGGUAAAAACAACGUCCCGAACACUAAAUUCACUUCGUCAGCCGAUUUCAAAGAUUUGCCGAACUUGGCGAGCCUCAGCAUUUGCUGCCCUUCGAACACUCUUUACGACAUGAAACAACGCGACUGCGUUGUACCCCCGGCGAACAGCAGCGACAUCGAACGCGACGCCGUAUCGUUGUACUACCAAAUGAUGGAGGGAAAAUCAGCCCCCGACAUCGUCAGUGUCGUCAGAGGACCCCCCAAAUGCAAAUAUGCCGUUAUCGACUACCCUGUCUAUAAUGCUACGGACUUGAGAGUCCUCGACGAUGAUCAAACUCUCGAGGUUAUCGUGCCAACGAAAGAUGGCAAGGGUCCGGUAACAAUCCUGGCUAACGAAGACAACAGUUGCUUCGAUUCCGGCAUCGAAUUUCCCCUCGUCAGGGUCUGCAGUGGCCCCAAAUACUGCGACAAUAAUCCCUGCGUUAGAAAAUGCUGUCCGGAAGGUCAAGCCAUGAUUGAUGACGGUUGUGCCAAAACCACUUCGGAACAAGUUCCACCAGGAAGCUUCCACAGACUCUUGAUGAACGAAUCCAUCACCAGGGGAUUGUCUUCUUCCUCUAAGUUCAUGGAUUCUCCAGAUUACGGUCUCCUGGUCGGAAAGCCCUGCAAGUAUGGAAUGUUUCCUGUGGACCAUUCUGAAAAUUGGUUCUUCACCCCUCGAGGCGAAUUCAACCUCAGCUUCUAUCGAAUAUACGCCAGGAAUGAAUACUGCUUGGAAAUCCUUCCGCAUCCAAAGAAAAGGGGAAAAUACAAACUUCAACCUUUCGUUUGCUUCGAAGAGUCGAUCCUUGUGACCGAAGAGUCUCCUCUGAGGUAUGGAAUUUUCGCGAGCCUGCAACUCUCCAGCUGCUUCUUCCUCAUCCUGACACUGCUGGUGUACAUCUGCCUUCCGUCGUUGCGAAAUCUUCAUGGAAAAACUUUGAUGUGUCACGUGUCGAGUUUGAUCGUGGCUUACGCGACCCUGGCGACGGUGGCGUUGGCCACGCCAUCGGACAUCGGGAAUCACGACGACGACGAGGAGCAUUCGCCGGCGUCAACAGCAUUUUGUAAAUUUCUCGGUUUUACACUCCUGUUUUCUUGGGUCUCGGCGUUCUCGUGGCUCAACGUAAUGUGCUUCGACAUUUGGUGGACGUUCGGCGGACUCGGGGGCGAAAAUCAUGGUCCUCGACGCAGCCGGGCUUACAGAAAACGUUUUCUCGGGUACUCUCUCUACGCCUGGGGGCUGGCAAUCCUCGUGACCGUCUCUGGCAUCGUGGUCGACGAAACGAACAUUUUUCCGGACAGUCUUCGUCCCCACGUGGGCUCUGACAGCUGCUGGUUCGAGAGGAACGUUCGUUACUACGGCGAGAUUCUCUUCUUCGUUGGACCAGUAACGAUUCAGCUUUUGGUAAACUGCGUUUUUUUCGUAAUGACUGCGAUGUACUGCAGCAAGGUGAAGGCCGAAAUAUCGAGGGUGAUGGCUGCGCCGAGCGACCCCCGAAGCAAGAGAUUUCGAGCCGACAAGACGAGAUUUAUAAUGAACGUGAAGCUCUUCAUCGUGAUGGGAGUUUCCUGGUGUCUGGAAAUUAUUUCAGCCUAUUUGAACCACUACGCAGCGACGCUGGCUUGGCAAACUGACUUUUUCUAUGCCUCCGACGUCUUCAACUGCCUCCAAGGAGUUUUGAUCUUCAUUCUCUUUAUACUGAAGAAGAAAGUCUACCAGGCUUUGAAGAAGCGUUUUUACAGUGGUCGUAAAGGCCACAACGUUAAACCAACUCCACCGACGACCAGCCACAACGGAUCGGGGCUCCAGGAUCCCUUCAGAGUGAGGAACAGCGCGAGCACCAGCACCAUUUCUACUUAUGGCGGCGGCCUCUCAGUCUCCACUUCUCCCCCCCUUUGAUAAAUCCUUUCACAAUGUGUAUACAAGUAUAGAGCUGAGCAUUUAUCAACGUACAUUUUUAAAGGGGUUUUCCGUCCAAAAACACGAACCCUGAAGAGUCGAAGUCAAUUUCUGGUCUUCUUAAGGGGAUUUUCCCUCGCAGAGGCCAAGGAACUCGAUUUGAGUUGCCGGCGAGUUUCCUCACUGGCUUUCAUAAGGGGGUACCUCGAAGAGGAACUCGAAAGGCUGGUCGAUCAUUUGUUCGCCUUUUUAAGGGGUUUCUUGCUAAUAGGAAACGAACGAGACCACCGAAGAGGUCCAAUUUUUUCUGUCUUAAGAGGGUACUCGCACUCGGACGAAAUUCCGGCCGACAGAGGUCUAAUUUUAGGUGUUUUAAGGUACUUUGCCACCUGGUGGUUAUUUUUUGCACUUAAAGGGGGUUCUUUAUGAGAGAGAAGUGGAAUUUCCAUGUCGGUGGCUGUUCGAGGUCGUCCAGAUUUUAUUAUUUGAGCCUCGACAAUCAAAAUAUCUGAUUAUUGCCAAGAGGACCGUUGCAAGGCAACGGGAAUUUUAAGGUACUACGACUGCCUUGUGGAAUUAAUGAAAAUUCGAUGACUGUGAAUAAAUGUUUUUAUAGAAA